ACAUUUCAUUUUAAUAUAUUGCAGCAAUUUGUUGAGAUUUUAAUUGAGGAAAGCGAAAGCAUGACAAAAUCCUUAAAGCAUACAGGAGACGCAGUCGUAAAAGAUUUAACAUCGUUUCUUAGUGAACAUGCGCUGAAUGCAAUAUGUGAAACUGCAAUGGGCACUUCUCUAAGAGAUCUAAGUGCAUUCCAACAAUCUUAUCGAGAUGCGAUUCACCAGAUGGGCGAACUUCUUUAUUAUAGAGUAAUGAGGCCGUGGCUGUACUUCGAUUGGAUAUUUUCAUUAACGCCAAAAGGUAGAGAACAAAAAAAGCUUUUGAAGAUAUUACAUGGAUUUACCGAAAAAAUUAUUGCCGACAGAAAACUUUAUCAUGAACGCACUAAUGGUCAAUACUUAAAAAACUUCGGUAAUGAAGAUUUCGCAGAAGAAAAUUACAUAGAAACAACUAGAAGUAUGUAAAGUAAUCAGAAGCUAAUUUUUUUAU